UCCGCGUAUGUCUCCCCUCCCCAAGAAUCGUCGGCUUCACCACCACAACAGGUACAAUCGCCGCCGCCGCCUCAGCAGCAGCAGCAACAACACCAGCAGCAACCGAUUCAACAUCAGCAGCAGCAAUCACAGCAAUUCUCUCCCCCGCCGUUCCCCCAACAGCAGCAGAAUGCGCCCUAUCCCCAGGAGAAGCCGCCGAUGCAGACUAACCUCAAUAACCCGGCGAAUCUGGUCGGUGGAGCCCCGCCGCCGACACACUUUGUGGGAGCUGUUGCGACGAGUGACGACGUCGGAACCUUUAACGGCGGAAGCUAUCGCAUCAGCCACCGGGACACCAACACCAUCUUGACCGUCCAGCUAGCCGUGGGCUGCCCACUGCAUGCAAAGCCAGGUGCCAUGGUUGCCAUGUCUCCGACCAUCACCCUCAAGGGCAAUGUCAAAUUUAGCGUCAAGAAGAUUAUCGCAGGCGGAGAGCUGUCAAGUUCAACGUACACGGGUCCGGGAGAGCUUAUCCUCGCGCCCUCCGCUCUGGGCGACAUCACCAGCAUCAGACUGACCGGCCAGGAGCAGUGGUCAGUGGGACAUGACGCUUACUUGGCGUCCACGCAAGCCGUUGUCAAGGAUUACAAGCGUCAGGGUCUGGGCAAGGCCAUCUUCAGUGGCGAGGGUCUGUUUGUCUACAAGAUCUCGGGUACCGGCCUGCUCUGGGUCUCGAGUUUUGGCGCCAUCAUUAGGAAAGACCUCGCUGCAGGGGAAAAGUACAUCGUGGACAAUGGCCACCUUGUGGCAUGGAAUACCAGCUACGUCUUGGAGCGUGUAGCCUCUGGCGGUCUAAUUUCUGGUCUCUCUUCAGGAGAAGGCCUAGUCUGCAAGUUUACCGGUCCUGGCACCGUCUUCCUGCAGACAAGGAACCCCAGAGAAUUUGCUGUCUUCCUUGGCGGCAUUGCCCCUCAGAAUGCGUAAAGGGGGGCUGACGAAUCUCUGGCCAGAGAGUUGCUAUGAUCUCUGGCACUUACACAAAAUGGCUGACGAUAUAUCUGCCGUUCGCUUUUUUUUUUCCCCUGGACAAAGCUUUUGGAAUAUUAUUCACUGUUCUUUUGUAUCAUCUCGUUGGAAAUUCAGCACUUGCUAGGAUUUGAGUUCAGCGAUGGAGGCCAUUUCAAACUUGUUUACUAUUUCAUGACUCGCCUAUGUAUGUUUGCACCGGGUUGCCGUGUAUCACGAUCUCCCUGUUCACAUGCUCGAGACUGUGUAUACUAUCCUUGUCUUUUUCUCAUCGACUCAGCGUGUCCGUAACGAAUGAGGCAGUUAUAAGAG